GAGAAUUUCAGUACGCCAAUGAAUACGUCUACUGAACGCACCAUGAUUGACAUAACUAAUCUGACUCCUGGAGUGCAGUACAUGUUCAAAGUGUUUGCAGUUGCUGCAGAUGAUAAAACAGAAGGAAAUUACAGCUGCAUUUCUGCCUACACAAAACCUGAUGUUGCUAGUGACCUGAAUGUGAUUGAAAUUACAACAAGCUCACUGUUUCUGAACUGGACUGGACCAAGAGGAGAAAGAGCUUUCUUUAAAGUACAGUGGAGCAAUGACAGCAUCAGUUUGAGUUCAGCAACCUCAAACAAUUUCUUUGACAUUACUAAUCUCCAUCCUGGAGUCAAUUACACCAUCCUGAUAUCUGCUGUUGCUGCAGAUGAUAAAACAGAAGGAGAAGCAAUUGGUGUUUCAGUCUAUACAAAGCCUGACACUGUUAGCAAUCUCACAGUAGUUAACGUUACAACCUCCUCUAUAUUACUGAACUGGACUGAGGCAAUGGGGAAAAUCUCCCAUUAUGUAAUCCAAUAUGAGAAUUUCAGUACGCCAAUCAAUGAGACUACUGAUCGCACCAUGAUUGACAUAACUAAUCUGACUCCUGGAGUGCAGUACAUGUUCAAAGUGUUUGCAGUUGCUGCAGAUGAUAAAACAGAAGGAAAUUACAUCUGCAUUUCUGCCUACACAAAACCUGAUGUUGCUAGUGACCUGAUUGUGAUUGAAAUUACAACAAGCUCAUUGUUUCUGAACUGGACUAAACCAAGAGGAGAAAGAUCUUUCUUUAAAGUACAGUGGAGCAAUGACAGCAUCAGUUUGAAUUCAACAACCUCAAACACUUUCUUUAACAUUACUAAUCUCCAUCCUGGAGUCAAUUACACCAUCCUGAUAUCUGCUGUUGCUGCAGAUAAUAAAACAGAAGGAGAAGCAAUUGGUGUUUCAGUCUAUACAAGUAUGUUUCAGAGAAUUAUCUUGUAUUCUCAUUUGAUGACAAAAGGAAUUUCUGAGCAGUAAUGAGUUAGGGUUAGGGUUAGAGUUCACAACAUCAAGAGAAGUCAAGAAUACUCUGGAGAAGGUAGGCGUAUCAUUGUCAAACCAAGAUUAACUUGUACCAGAAUGAUGGGAAGAGAAAAGUAUGGUGAAAGAAAGGAACAGCUCAUGAUCCAAAGUAUACCACAUCAUGUGUCGAACAUGGUGGAGGCAGUGUUAUGGCAUGGGCAUGUAUAGCUGCCAAUGGAACGGGCUGACUGGUGUUUAUUGCUGAUGUGACUGCUGACAGAAGUAGCAAGAUGAAUUCUUAGGUGUAUAGGGCUAUAGUCUCUGCUCACAUUCAGCCAAAUGCUACAAAACUGAUAGGAUCCCGCUUCACAGUGCAGGUGGAUAAUGACCCUAAACACACUGCGAAAGCAACUCAAGACUUUUUGAAGGCAAAGAAAUGGAAUAUUCUUCAAUGGCCAAGUCAGUCACCUUAUCUCAACCCAAUAGAGCAUGCUUUCCACUUACUGAAGACAAUACUGAAGGCAGAAAGACCACAAACAAGCAGCAACUGAAGGUGGCUGCAGUGAAGGCCUGGCAAAGCAUCUCCAGGGAGGAAACUCAGAAUUUGAGUUUUGAGAACAUGGGCUCCAGACUUCAGGCAGUCAUUGACUGCAAAGGAUUUUCA